AUGGACAACCCUACCUUGCCUAUUCCGAUCUCAUACAUAUCUGGUAGAUACCUGCUGUUCUCAAUUGACGCCGUGACAUACCUGCGACGCGAGCACCACAUUUGCGGCGUGUUGAUCGGGACCCUCUCCCAACUCCCGCAACAGAAUGUGUUCCUGGGCCUGCCGUUGGAACUGAUGCCCGAGGAGGCCCGGCUGUUGGUGGACAAAGGUGUAGCUUGCAUCGUAGACGAAGCCAAGGCACAUGGCGGCAUGGAAUCCCUCGCCGAGGAAGAUCGCCGCCAGUAUCUGCGCGAACUAGAAUCCCAAGGUCUCCACGCCUCACGCCUCCUCUCGGAUCGCAGGGACCAGAACCGGGAACAGGUGUUGAAGAAAUUAGAUGAGAAGAGCCGUGCCAAGGCGUUGAAAGCCAAGGAGAAAAAGGAGGACAAAGAUGUCUCGUCGCCGGCGUCUGAGGCCAAGGAAGAGCCACUGGACCUCGUCGCACCGGAGCCAACAACCAGCACACCUGCAAGCAAGAACACUGGUCGUCAACAGGCUAUGGGCGUCACCCCUGCAACAUCAUAUCCACCGCUACCUCAGCCAAACUCUUCGCAACACCUGCCGCCGCCCGAAGUGCCUCUCUCAUAUCCUCUCUUCGCCCAUUUGUCCACUCGCGGUUACUUCCUCUCGCCUGGACUACGAUUCGGAUGCCAAUAUGUGGCUUACCCGGGAGAUCCGCUCCGUUUCCACUCGCAUUUCUUGACGGUCUCUUCGGAGUGGGAUGAAGGAAUUGAUUUGAUGGGCAUUGUGAAUGGUGGCAGACUGGGAACUGGUGUUAAAAAGGGGUUCCUCCUGGGUGGUCCUCAAAAGUCUCGCGAUGAAGCCGAGUCUGAGGCAGAGCGCGUGGAAAGUGUGCGCACUUUCAGCAUCGAGUGGGCAGGGAUGUGA